CACAAGUUAGGUAGCUGCAUUAAUUUGUCUCAAUUUGUCGCGUGUGGAAUAAACAUGGGUCCGGAUUGCGACUCUCAAUUCCGUCCUCAACACAGCCAGGUGCCCCUCUAGUCCCACCUGCAAAUUAUUCCUACUUUUUCUAAUCCGUCCAAUUCCACGUGAAAAUUUCAACAACAAACCUCAAUUGCCUGCCAUGCUGUCGUCUAUAGGACGUGCCGCGAUUAAGCGGGUAGUCUCUACAUCUGCUACUACGGCACCCCGCCGCAUUGCGGUUUCAUGGCCCAUUACUCAUACUAGUAGAUACAGUCGCGGCUUCGUCCAAGGCUUUGCGACUGCAGGACAACCAAAGGCUUCCAUUACUACUAAGGCCACCACCAAAGCCUCUAAGCCUAAAGCCACCAAGGCUACUGAGGCUACCAAGGUCACCAAGGCCACCAAGGCCACCAAGGCCACCAAAGGUACUACCAAAGCAGCAGCUACUAAAGGAAGAACCAAGCAGAAGGCAACAACUACCAAGGCCAAAACCACCAAGAAGAAGGCGGCCCCCAAGUCAAAAGCUAAGGGCAAGGGAGCACGAAAGCAAAAGAAGCCAUUGUCACCAGCGAAGAAGGCCAUCCUUGAGAGAAGACAGCUCAAGAAGACGGCACUAUUUAACGAACCAAAGCUUCUUGCCGACAGCCCAUGGACUGUAUAUGUAGCUGAGCAAACUAAGGAUAAAGUUACGAGCGCAGAAGAUCUUCGAGAUCGGAUGUUAGGGUUAGCUCAGAGUUACAGAAGUCUUCCAGCCUCGGAGCAUCAGCGUCUUACCGAUACUGCCGCGCAAAACAAACUCAACAAUGCAGCUGCCUAUAAGGCUUGGGUAGAGACCCAUACUCCUGAUCAGACGGUUGCUGCCAACCGGGCUCGCCAACUCCUGAAGAGGAAGUAUAACUACCCCGUGGCAAACCUGAAAACCAUUCACGACCCGCGUGUCCCUAAGAGACCCAUUACUCCAUUCAGUCUUUUCACAAAGGCACGAUGGGCUUCCGGAGACUUCGCGACGCGCCCCUUCGCUGAGGCUGCCAGGGAAAUCGGAAAAGAGUGGAUCAAAUUGCCGGAUGUGGAACGCCACGCGUAUGACGACCUUGGGAAGGCAGCCAGAGACGAGUACGAGAAGGAAGUUGAGGCGGUUCUGCAUCGCAAGCCGACCCCUCCACGUCGUUCAGCCACGCCACCGGCGCCACCUGCAUGAUCUAGGCUCCUUUUCCCGUCUAUUACUAGUACAUAAACUAGGUGGCUAUGAGCCCUAGAAUCAGUGGCUCCUUCAUGGUUAUGAGGAAAGACGAUUGGGAGAUUGGCCGGCCCGUCCAAUGAUUCUCAUUCUUUCUUGUGGCGACGCAAGAAUUCGUUACAUUCAUUUCGGGACGAUGCAGUGGCUUAACCGUGACUCCUUGUUUGACACGGCUUGUACUUGUAGAUAGUCCGUUUGUCUCGCAAUAUUCAUCCCCAUUUCCUAACUAAUGAGAACCGCUCGGAGAUCCCAUGCUAGUGAUGGUAAUAGUGGUAGAGCUGUAUUAGUAUUAAGCAAAAACAUGUGCUGCGAAAAGUAUUGGCAAUUAAAAUUAUAAUUCUCACUA